AUGUCUUUGCCAGUAAAAAAAGCUCGAGAUUUAACUCAAUUACCAACACUUUCCUAUGAAAUUAAAUUAAAUUUACCAAAUAAUCUUGAUAGUAAUCCACAAGAAAUAUCUUUCUUGGAUUUAAUUGCAAAUGAUACAAAAUUUAAAAAUGAUAAAGAAAGUUUAGAACUAGUAUUAAGUUCUUAUGUUAAAGCAUGUGGAAAACAAAGUGUCAAAGAAAUCCUUGCAGAGCAUGAUACUCUUGUUGAAGAUAAUGCAUCAUUAUCUGAUAUAAUUCAUGCAUUAAUGGAUUCAAAUGAUCAUCAAAAUGCAAAUUUAGGUGUAGGUUAUAAUGAUCCAGAUGAUGAUGAUUCAUUUAUUGAUGAUUCAGUUGCUGCACAAGAUAUAAUACCAAAAAAUGUCACUAAUGAACGAGAUGGAUUUUAUGUUAAUGAAAAACAUCAACCAAUAAAUGCUCGAUAUUUAAGUGAUGCAAGUGAUUCUGAUAGUGGAGAUGAAGAGAAGGAAAAUGAUGAUGAUGAUGAUGAAUCAGAUGACAGUGAAAAAGAAGAAAAACAAAAUAAGAAAAGAACGAAUAAUCAAGAUGAUGGAAAUGAAAAGGUACUUGUAAAAAAGAGUAAAACAGAUGAUGAUAUAAUACCGAAUUUAUUAAAUACAAAACGAAAAAGAAGUAUAUCUGAAGUAGCAGCACCUCCUAUAUCAAUUAAUUCUGAUGACAAAAAUAAAACUAACAAACCAGUUGAAGAACCAGUUAAAAAAAUUGCAAAAUUAAAUGAAACGCCAACUGAACAAUCUACACAAAAUUGUACAACAUAUGUUCUACCAAAUGAAAUGGAUAAUGAUAUUAAACCAUCUAUUGAAAAUAUAGUUAAAUUAAUUAAAUCAUCUGAUCCAACAAUGAAUAAUAUUCAAAAGAAAAUUGAACGACUUUUUAAUUCAACUACCUGUCGUGAAUUACUUGAUUUGGUAAAAAAACUUCAUCGUCAUACAAAUGCUCAUCGACAAUUAGUUUUCGAUAUUUUAAGUACAAAAACUGGUAUAUAUACAUCAGUAUUACUAACACGAGCUCGUUUAUUAUUAUUAAAUGAUUAUGAACCAUCGACGAAAACAUUUUCUUUAAAUGAACUUAAAGAAAAAUUAAAAAUUGAAAUAAAUCGUUCAUUAGAAAUUCAUAUACAAGCACAUAAUCAAGCAGUCAAAGAAUGGCAACAGAAAAUGGUUGAAAAUCCAUCGAAAGAUAAAAAUCGAGGACCAAGAAAAAACUUUCGUUUACACAAAGCUAUAAAUGAAUUAAUCAUUCGUUGUAUCGAUCGUAAACUUGAAACAAUGACAAUAUUCGAUUCAGAUUCGUUAGAAUCAUUUCUUCAUGAACAUAUUGUUUCGUUAUGGGAAAAACCUGGAUGGAUGACAGCAAAAAAAAUUAUUAGUGAAGUCGUUAGAUUAGAAUAUCGACCAUUACGAGAUCCUAAUCCACCUCAAACUCAACCAUCACAAGCUGUACGAUCAACACCAACACCGAUAACAGCUGAACGAGUGAAAAAAGAACCUCAAACAGUUCCAGCACUCCUUCCACCACCACCACUACCACCUCCGCCACCAUCACUUCCAUCAUCACCGAAAAUAUCAAAUUCUAAUAUAUCACCUAUAAAAGUUCCUCAACAACAAAACGUGAAAGUAAAUGAUAUUAGUAAAUCUUCAAGUCAAUCAUUAACAAAUAAUAAUAAUCAAAUAAAAGCUUUCGAAAUGGCUACACGUGUUGCAACAAAUCUUAUUAAACAACAUACAUCACGUCCAUCAUCUACUGAUUCAGUGACUAGUCAAGUAUCGGAACAGUCUUCAAAUAAAAUAAAUAAAUCGGAUAUUGUUCGUCCAAUAGCAAAGCCAUCAAUUGUUUCUCAACCUGAAUCAUCAACAAAACGUAAUUCAACUCCAAAUUUUUCUUCGGUUAUUGAUCUUACUAUGGAUUUAUUUUCUCAAUAUAAAAAAAGUUCAAAUGAAUCGAGUAGUCCAACAUUAAAACAACAUACUCAUUCACAUUCAAAUAAAGAUUCAUCAUCAUCAUCAUCAUCACAACGAUCAUCAUCAACAGUCCAUAAUUCUAAACAACAAUUUGCUACAAAACUUCCAUCAGAAAAAUUGCCAGCUGGAUCUUUUCUUAAAGAAGCACUUAGUGGUGCGGCAGCACCAAAAAUGUCUACAUCACCAUUAACUGUUGAUAGUAUGCUGAAUAAAUCACAGAAUAGUCCAAAAACGAAUACAAAUACAUCUAGUUCAAAAUCAUCAACGACAAUACAAAGUCCAACAACAACAAAUACUCAACGUUCUUCAACAUCAAGUAAAAGCCAUUCAAAUCGUCAUUCAACUGAUUUUACUUCUACUUCUCAUAGAAUUGAUCAACAAAUUCAACAACAACUAAAAACACCUUCAUCUUCAAAUCGAUCGCAAUCAGCUAUAGUAUCACCAUCGUCAUCAAUUUCACCAGCAGCAUCUCGACGUCCAACAACAGGAUUUACUUCUACACAUGAACAACAGUCAAAUCGUGGUCAUUCAUCUCAAAUACCAAUUCCUCCAACAUUAUCAUCAUCGAUUCAAUGGGAUUCUGCAACAUUACAAUUAGCUGCUGCCCUAGCUAAUCCUCAAUUACUCAGUUCAGGUGUAUUUGAUUCAACUUUAUUUAAUUCAGUUUUUGGUACAACACCAAAUAUGAUUGCAUCAUCACAAUCCUCAUCAUCCUCAUCAUCAUCGUCACGUCACCAACAUUCACAAAAUACAAAUAAUAAUCGAAGAACUUGA